CGGACACAACUGAAAUCUGUGAAUUUGAAACUCUCUAGAUGAAGGAAAAAAAGGGAAAUAAAGAGCAAUUUUACAAAUUUCUCUUUUGGAAACAUCAUACGUUUAUUAAACGACAAAAAGCGAAACACUGGUAUCGUGGUACUAGCGGAGCGCUCUUUUUCUUACAGCCACUCCUCCUCCGUCACCACCGCCACGGCCACCACCAUCCUUUUCAUUUCUGCAGUAGCAUCAUACUGGAGUUGAUUUCCUAUAGAAUUUACAAGCUGCGACGCGUGUAUAGGUGUUUACGAGCUCUGGGGAUCCUAGAUAGCGACUUCCCAGGCAUCAUUUUCGUUGAUUUGGGUUUAUAUUGCAAAAGAGUUUAUUCCAAAAUCACACAGUAAUGAUGAAAAGGAAAAUGGAUGGGAUGCCAGCUCCACCAGGUUUUGUAUCUGUCACAUCUUUUACACUCACAAAAAGGAACGAUGAAGCUUGUAAUUUGGUGGAAAUUCAAAAUGACAUUAAACCAGAGCCCGUUGGAAAGCUUCAAAAGUCUCUCAAGCAAAGGCCAUGGAUACUUCAUGACCAACUCAUCAACAAAAAGCCAGAUAGAACACAUCAAACUACAAAUAUAUCUUUCGAAAAUACCCUUCCAAAAGGAGUGAUUCGUGGGUGUUCAAUGUGCAAUAAUUGCCAAAAGGUUACUUCAGGUUGGCGUCAAGAAGAGCCAUGCAGACCUGUAUUAGAAUCUGCUCCAGCAUUUCACCCCACUGAAGUGGAAUUUAAAGAUGUUCUUGGAUAUAUUUCCAAAAUACGCCCAAAAGCUGAGGAAUACGGAAUUUGCAGGAUUAUUCCUCCUGAUUCAUGGAAACCACCAUCUCUUCUAAAUGGAAAUAAAUGGGAAUCAUCUAGAUUCUCUACUCAUAUUCAACAGAUUGAUGAACUUAAAGAUCUGCAUUCAAAGAGAAAACUUCAUGAAAUGAUUGAGCAAGCAGAAGGAAAAAAUGGAUCUGAUGGUUUUGAAUUUGAAUCUGGUCCUGAAUUCACACUGAGGACAUUUAAGGCAUAUGCAGCGCAUUUCAAAGGUCAAUAUUUUAAAAAGCAAGACAUUUAUACCGAUCAUAAGAUUCGACCUUGGGAAAAUGUUGAAGGGGAAUAUUGGCGAAUUAUUCAGAACCCAACUGAGCAAAUUCAGGUACUCUCCGGUCAUAAUCUGGACACAAAAGUAAUUGGCAGUGGGUUCCCUUUACCAUCAUCACUCGACACACAUAAGAAUAAAAAUCAAAGUGAAUACACUAAAUCACCCUGGAACUUAAAUAACACCUCAAAGCUGCCUGGAUCUCUUCUUGCUUUUGAUUAUGACAAUUCUGCCCUUUCAACCCCACGCCUGGAUGUCGGAAUGUGCUUUUCCUCCCUUUGUUGGAAAGUUGAAGAGCACAACUUGUAUACUAUCAGUUACAUGCACCAAGGUGCCUCAAGAACCUGGUAUGGCAUUCCCAGUAAAUAUCGCCAAAACUUUGAAUCAUUACUGAAGAAAACCUUCCCGGAGUUAUCAGGAAAACCCGAAUUGUUCCAUAAGCUAGUCACUCAGCUUUCACCCUCUACCCUAAAAUCAGAGGGUAUACCCGUCUACCACUGUGUACAGCAUCCAAAACAGUUUGUCAUCAUCUUUCCAGGUGCAUCCUAUUCAGGAUUUGAUACGGGUUUCAGUGUUUCCGAGAAAGUCAACCUUGCACCCGUUGACUGGUUGCCAUAUGGACAGCUGUCAGUUGAAAUUUACAGUGAGUUGCAUAGAAAAACAUCAAUCUCGUAUGAUAAAAUGUUAAUCGAGGGGGCCCGCUAUGCCAUCAAAACACGGAUGCCAGGGGAGGAUUCAAAUGCAUGUGGAAAGGAUGGUUGGUUUACAAGAGCUCUUAAGUCGCGGGUCAAGCGUGAAGGCUUCAAGAGGGAGUUGCUAUGCAACGCAUCACAGUCACGUAGGAUGGAAGAAGGUUUUAGUUGUUUGGUGAAACAGGAAUGCAUCGUGUGCUUUAGUGACUUGUACCUUUCAGCUACUGGUUGUACAUGCUCGCCUGAAAAGUACUCUUGUCUUGAACAUUCAAAGCAGCUGUGUACAUGUCCAUGGAGUUCAAGGUUUUUUCUUUUUCGCGAUGACAUCCGCGACUUGAAUAGAAUAAUAGAGGCUUUAGAAGGAAAGUGAACGUCUGACUAUUAUUUUAAGGUGUUAAAUUAUUAUUAAAUCGUAUGAAAUAUUGUAUCCUUGCAUGCAUUGUAUCUUUUUUUGUUGUAUAAAUUAUAUUUUAGUGAAGCUUUUGGUGAUUUGUAA